AUGCGUUCCCAUUCUCAAAAUUUUCCGUGCGACUUUGUCUCCCCAACAUUUAAGCGCCUUGGGGGCAAAUUACCGUUCUUGCUCUUUAUCUUAGUCACCCUUUAUGCCACCUCGCCAGUACGACCCACCGAAGCGGUCAAAACUACACUUUACCGCCACGCGGCAGUUCCUGACGCGUUGCUUCGAUUACAGCAGGACGCACGAUCGCUUAUCGAGCUUCACGAGUCGUACUAUCAGCCGCAGCAGGCGCAGCGGCAAUCGAGCGGCAAUGCUUUUCACCAGCAGCCGCACCAUGGGGUAGGGCGGCAUUUGCUGCAGUCGGUUCUGUCGCCAGACGGCUCGACUGUGGUCAAUGAGACAGGCUCGGUUCUGGCAAAUGCGACGAUUCUGCUUGCGACGGAUCGCACGCGUCGCAUGAAUCCGAUUAACGAGUUUAAGUACUACAUCGGCGGGUGGAACCUGUCGUCUGACGACUACUGGGCCUCGGUCACCUUCUCCGUGGUGUACGCGCCGGUCAUCGGCUUCGCGUGGCUGCUGCUGGGAGUGGGCUUCGUGCUCUUCCUGGUCUCGCUCUUCCUCUUCUGCCGCGCGCGCUGGGACGAGAUGCGCGACCCCGCCGCGCACGUGUACUCGCCACAGAACAUCUCGUUAUUGCUAUACGCGCUCGUCGUCGGCAGCAUGAUUGUCAUCACGGGAUUCGGCUUGAUGAUUGCCGGGAGCGUGCAGCUGAACGACAGGCUGGGCGAAAUUGGCGACUACACGAUUAAGGUUACCAACGCGACGACGACGGCAGUGUACAACGUGGCGUCGGCGAUACAGGUCACCGCGGGCACGCGAAUCAACGAACAGCUCUUGCAGCCGGAGCAGCGGCUGCAGAUCUUCGAGUUCUCCAAGAGGGUGACGUCAGCGGCGCUGGAGCUAAACGACAAAAUAACGAAUAGCGACUCGGAGCUGCGAGACUUCGGGAAGAAAAUGUCCACCACUGUGUUUAUCGUGGGGUGCAUCGCCUUUGCUUUUGUGGUUCUCACUGUCGUGGCCGCCAUACUCCAGUGGGCCACCUUCUCUCACGUCAUGUGCACGCUCGUGUGGAUCACAGCCUUCGUCACCUGGUGCAUUGUGGCUGUCUUCCUCACCGUCGUAACCGUCAGCGCAGACACAGAAUCAGCGGUUAAGGAAGUCACGCUGUACCCAUCCCUCAAAACCGCAUUCCACCGCUGGGUACCGUGCCUUAACGAAACCAAGCUCGGGGACGCGGCUAGAUUCGCCCGCUUUGCUGCGUAUGACGUCAUCAGCUUCACCAACGGCAACAUUCAGGGCACCUACCCCAAGCUCUUCUCCCGGUUGAACGCGACAGCAGGCAUCUGCUCGCCCUUCGGCCCGGGCCCUGACUAUCUGUACAACGACACUGCCUGCCCGCCCAACUCCAUCUCCUUCCGCCAGUUGAAAGAUCUGCUCCCGGAGGUGACCUGUCCGGACUCAGGCUGUCCCAGGGGCAAGGACGGGAAGCCCCCAUUGGACAUGCUGCCGGCAGCAGUGGCGAAGGACGUGCGCCUCGCAUGGAUCUCCGUCGACCGACUGGACGGCUCCGUGCCGCUCGUGGCCGCCCUCUCCAACUGCUCGCACGUCUCUAGCGUUGCCAAGUAUGUAGGCGGGGCAGCAUCGGGGGUGCAGAGUGCAGCAGUGCUGCUGUGGACGGGAGCCAUGGUGCUGGCCGUGGGAGCAAUGGUGGUGGCUGUGGCAGCUCCUCUCUAUGUCUUCCGUGCCAUGCGCUGCCUGCCCGAUGGUGGCAAGGGUGCUGACAGUAUGUACAAGCAACAGGACGAUUCGGCCCUAUCCUCCGUCAUGGUGGGACCUCCAGUCCUAGCCUACGCCGCAGGCUCGGCGGCGACACAUCAUGCCUUGCAGUCCUCCCAACCCUAUCCCCAAAGCUCGUCCCAACCCUACCCCCAAAGCUCGUCCCAGCCCUAUCCUCCCCCACCCCCACCAUAUUCAUUCGCCCAAUACACAGCUCCACCCACCUCCGACCCUCUCGCACCUCCCGACCAAUCACACGCGCACACCCAAGCCCCAGAAACCCAGCCUUUGCCUCGGGAUGCCUCCAUGCCUCGAGACGAAUCGUUGCCGUACGACCCAUCCUUCCCACGCGAUUCCUCCCUUGUCAACGAUUCGUCCCAGUCGGCCCUCCUGCAACCUCAAGGCGAUGCGUCGGGGAGAAUAACUGCAUCAGCUCAACCGGGUAACACAGUGCAGGGAGGAGGGCGGAGUACCAUGGGGGCAACAGGUGGGAACAACAGUAGCCCGUAUAACCUGCCGACUGGGUUUGGCGCAAGCGGAUACGGUAGUAGCUAUGGGUAUACUGAGUUUAGGGCGAUUGAGUGUUGCACCACUUGGGUGCAUUCACUUUUGUAUGCAACUGCACAUGAUGUUGAGAAAUCGCCCGACCCCAUCUCGCUCGCCGUAAGCUCCGCGACGGGUCUCGCGGUUUUCGUCAGCCUCUUCACGUCCUACUUGAACCCCUGGGACGAGGACGACGACGCGCAGCAACACUGGCAUUUCCCGCCGAAGGAAUCCGCGGAGGCGCGUCGCGUCCGCUGGGCGAGCCACAUCCGGCAGAGAUUAAAGACACUCGUGCCGCCCGAGGAGCGCGUGCAGGGCAAGGCGCCGUGCACCGCGGAGCAGCUCAUUCGCGAGAUUCGCUCCGCGCCUGCUGGUGGAGUCGGGCCCUCCCCCCGCGCUCUGCGCCAUUCCGGAGGCGGAAGACGACACGGGGGAAGCGGACGGUGCCCCAAGCGAACGGGGGAAGAUGCGGAGGAAGCGGACGAAUGGGCCGAAUGCAACAGCGGCGUGGGCUCCGCGCUGCUGCGAAAAAACAGAGGGUUGAGCGGAAAAUCGCGCGGUUGCGCGCAACGCGGGCCCGCGGAGGAGUUUGUGGCGGCGGUGGCGGAGAUGGAGGGCGCGGACCCCGUGUUCGCGCUGGGCCCGCGGUACGCCACGCGGCGCGUAGUGCGGGAAGCACUAGCGCUUUUGUCGGAAGACUCCGCGGUUACGCCCAGCGAUGGCUGA